AAAAAAUUAAAAACAUAUAAACUAGAAAUUAUGCAUUUAUAUUCUAGACAAUAAAAAAUCCCAAAGGAAUGAAUCGUCAAGUCACAUCUAAUGAUACUUUAAUUCUAAAGACUAACAAAGGCGCAUCCUCGAAAGAAAAUGUAUCAGUCCUUCCAUUAAUGCAACCAACACAUAAUGUACGAUCUUCUCAAGAAACUUUAUAUGAAGUUAAAAGGAGACUUCAAAGUUUACAUAAUGUGUUGCAAACAUAUCAAGAUAUGAAUCAAUCUCUAAAAAGACAAGUGUCCGCAGGUCGAGUUAAUGGAAAUGAUGCAUCUGUCGAGCUUGAUACCAACCACGAUAUCAAUACAAAAAAAAAUGUGCAAACACAAUGCCCAAGCGUGGAUAGUUGCGAAUACUUUGAUCUAAAUCAGUCGGAAGAAAGUUUAUCUUCCUUAGCCAAAUAUUCAAGUACAUCAAAAGUCUGUCAAUGUUCUAGCGAAAACGUCAUAUCUCAAACCUGUUCUAAAGAUUUAAGUCGACAUAAUAUACGAAAAUCAAGGAACAAUCUCCCAGCACUUGGGACAACAGAACCAUAUUUGCGUUCUUGUAACGCGGCAUUAAAUAUGUCAAACGAUUACGAAAAUGAAUAUAAAAAAAUCGCGUAUGAACGGAACAAUUCAGAUUGCAGUCAUGAAUUAGAAUCAGGUCCUAAAAUCAAUAAAAAUAUAAUAAAAAUAGAUACUCUGCUUAAAAUCCAAGACAACAUAUCUGAGACAGUAUCGGACAAAAUAUACUACAUUUUAUCACCUGAAAAUAAGAAUAUCCAGAUUCAAAACAGAACAUCACCAAGAUUCGUUUCUGAAAAAUUCAAUGAUAUAAUUGAUAAAAAUGAGUACCAAGAGAAUGCGAUAAUAUCACAAAAUAGUAGUCAAAGUAAAACGUCGAAUGACAGCAAUAACAAGGAAGAGAAAUCAACGGCAUUAUUACUUCAAGAGGCUUUACAUUUUAAGAAUGCCUUGCUGAUACAGUCAAAAAAGAAAUAUCCGAUAAAUAACGUAAAACAGAAUGAUACCGCAGAUGAAUUUUUGUCGGAACCAAACAAUAAUUUUCCUUCAAUGAUAGUAGAUAUCAAGGCGGAAAAACCAAUAAUCAAUAGUUCUCAUGACAAAAUUGAUGAACAUUACAUCUAUCUACAAAUGAAACAACGAUGCGACUUAUCUUCUCAAUCUUUGAAAAAAUUAGAUACAUUCGCACACUGUGAGAACGAAAGAGAUAUGAAGAAUCAGAAUCAUAUUCCUGAAACAUCUUCAGAAUAUUUUAGCAUUACCGAUUUUGCAAUUCACGGUAACGCUGAGAUUGAAAAUAAUGUUUCAUCGAACCCUCCAAUUUACGAAAAAGUAAUCUCGAUAACACUACCAGUUGAUGUGAAAGAUCAAGGUGAAAUUAAUAAUAUUAAUGAGAAAUCGAAACAAACUAUCCUGCCAAAUACUCAGACUCGCGUAAAUUUACGAGAAAAUUUUCGAGAUGAUGCAGCUUCUGACAAUGAUGUAAAUAAACAUUCGCCAGCAAUGUUGAAACUCGAAGAUCUCAUAAUAGAACGGAUUAAAAAUAUCCGAGAUUACAUGGAUGAUUUUCUUCAAAGUCAAAAUAUAGCAAUCUUUAAAGCGCGCAAAGCACUUCGAUACAAAAGUGAUAAUUCUCGAUGUUCAGCCGAGGUAAGUCGGAAAGUAACACGUGAUCGAUUAACUGUACCGUUUAGCUGCAAAAACAACGAUCCAAUGGUUUUUUCGAAAAAUUCGUCAGAUUCAUUGACAAAUACACAACCGAAUUAUAAACAAGAAUACGAUCAGGAAACGGAUGCUGUCUUAAAACGCCCUUCCGAUGUGUAUUUGAAAAGAAAUCCAGGCAUGCUUGCACUUAUUACUCCAAUUAAGAAUAAAUUCUCUAAGAAUGAUGCGCGACAAUUAAAAGUAUUUACGGAAUUAAAAAAAGCUGAUAAAUCUCCUCCAAUAACUCUAAUACACUCAACACACAAAAACGAUUCAAAACCCGCACACAAAAUAACGAAUGUAUUCACACCUUGUUAUGAAGGACAUGCUAUGCAAAAUACAGAAAGUGAUGAGAUAAAUAAAGUUAUAAUCGCUGAAAAUAGCGUAAAUAUGGAUUUCCAUAAAGAGAAGCAGAUACAAAUUAAUGAGAAUAAAUCAUCAGCUAUGUCAUAUUUUCCCGUUAGUAUUACAAAAACUAAUGCAAAAGUUGUUCACACAGCCAAUGAAGAAUACGUGACGAAAUCUAAUUAUAAUUCGAUCUGUCAUAGUAAUCCGUAUUUCACCAAUGAAAAGAAAGGAUGUGAAAAUAAUAAAGGAGGUGAAAAUGGAUCAUGUAUCUUUGAAGUAAUAAAAGAUGUGAAAAUGGAUUAUGUAUCUUUGAAGUCUACAACGAACAUACAAAACGAAGUAAAACAAGAUGCUAUUAAACAACAAAUUACUGAAGAUAAAUAUCCCAAUGCAAAUAUAACAUCAAACAAAUUGCCAUCAGAUAUCGAAUAUUCUAAUAUGACGAUAUUUAUUGACUCAGAUCUUAUUUUCAACAAAUCAAAACCCGAUUAUCUGACGAAUGCGAAAACAGCAUCUCCUUUGACAAAAUUAAAGGAAGAUGAUAUCACCUUUGAUCCUGAUGCUUCUCUAUUAUCUUUCUCAUCAGAGAAACAAGAUAAAACACUAAAUAUAGACAAUGUUUCAUUAAAUAGUCUAAAGCAAAAUAAAAUAUCUGCAGAUAUCGAACAUUUACCAUCCCGAAUGGAAGAUUAUUCGACAAAAUCAUUCCAGACAGAUUCUGAAAUGAAGGCCAAAAGUGAUAUAUCUUUAAUAACUAGUAGAAAUAAAGACUUAAACAUCAACCUAUAUCCAAAGAAAUCACAUUCAUUUUUAAUGCAUCAUGAUACCAUGAAAUACAUCGACGAUAUAUCACCUCAGUCUCACACAAAAUUGUACGAUAUAAAAAGUAAAUUACAAUUUACAAGUCAAUCAAAAUCUAUUAUACCACUACAGAGGGUAUCCACAAAAUCUUGCAUACCAAUUUUAAAAAAUCGUUUAGAAUCAUCUCAUCGUAUGAAGCAUCGAGCACAAGCAAGAAGUCCUGCGAGAAGUUCUACGAGAAGCCCAUUGACUAUGUUAUGGGGAGAAAAGACUUGUACAAAAGAUCACACAACAGACGAGGAAGUUGCGCGAAGAGGAAACACUUCAAUAAACAAACAUUUGUGUGCAGAAGAGAUGCUGAAUUUAAUUAAAUUAAAUACAGAACAGGAUACUAAAGAAUUGGAGAAAUCUAAUACGACAUGCAGAAAUAAUGAUAUAAUACCAAAAGAAAAUUUACAAAUUUUACCUGACCGAAAUAUAGAAUCCUUGGCAAUUAAUGAGAAAUAUUCAAAUAAAAAAAGAGAUAUAUAUGAAAGUAAAUCAGAUACGAAUAUAAUGCAGCAUAUAGAAAAAAUAGCUUCUAAAGAAAUAGCUGUUAUUUCUAUUAUAGCGAAUGACAGUCUACAGAAAAAAUAUCCAGUAAAUUUAUUUAUUUUAAACACAGAAAACAUUUGUCCCGCGACAGAUUUUUUAAUAUAUAAAAAUAAAUUAUGGACUAUUAAUGUUAAAAAAACGAAAAAAGAAGUUACGGAAAAAGAAGUUAUGGCAAAGCCUUCCAUUACAGAUACAUGUACAUCAAUCUCUGACUUAAAAUGAAUAGACAUGUAUAACUUGUUUUAUCUUUGUAAAUAUUUUUAAUAUUUUUAUUUAUCAGAUUCUU